GGCAUGGAAAUUAAACAUGGUUAGCGGCUAUAAACACGUGUUUUAGUGAAUUUCCCAAUAAAGUUAGAUAUUGACUGAAAAUAAUUAUCAGACAAAAUGGGUCGUAAAGCUAAAUUUGACGAGACUAAAAAAGUGAAAAAAGGACCUGGAAGAAAAGCAAGGAAACAACCUGAUCCAAUUUUUAAAAAGGGACUCCUUGAUGAUGAUAAAGAAGAGAAAAAGCUUAGCCAUAGACAAAAGCAACGAGCUGCACGCCGUCUUAAGAAGAAGAAGGAGUUACUUGAAAAACGCAAAACAUUGAAGGAAGCAAAAAAGAAUUUAAAACAGCCUAAAAAUGAUGUUGAGGAAGAGGCUGAAAGUGGUUCCGAUGAAGAGGCUCCUGCAGGAUUUACCGAUGAUAACAAGGAGUGGUUGAAACCCAAAAAGAAAGGAAGUGUUAAAGCAAAAGACAUAACAGAUAGUGAAGAAAGUGAUGAAGGUUUGGGAGAUGAUGAGGUUAAGGAUGGUACGAGUGAUGAGGAGGAAUCAGAUAGUGAAGUUGAAGAACCAGUGAAGACGAAACCUAGUAAAGAAAGUUAUAAGGUUGGCACACUUGACGACUUGUUCCAUGAUACAGAUGAGGAGCAAGAGGAAACAGCAGGAGAUGAUGACACUGCAGAUUCCAACAAACUGACUUAUGAUUCAGAUUCUUCAGCUCAAAGUGAUGAUGAUGAUGAUGAUGACGACGACGACAUGUUGCCCAUUGAAAAAGCUAAUAUAAAACUGAAAAAGAAACAAAAAAUAGAUAAGAAAUUAGCAGAUGAGGAGAUGCAGUUAAAUAUUGCGAAACAAGAUGUUUUUGCAUUCCCAAGUGAAGAUGAACUACAAAACCCUACAAGUUUGCAAGAUGUCCAUCAGAGAAUCAAGGAUGUUGUAUCAGUUUUGAAUGAUUUCAACCAUUUGAAAGAAGAAGGCAGAUCAAGAUGUGAAUACACUGAACUUUUACUCAAAGAUCUGUGUUUGUAUUACAGCUAUAAUGAAUUCCUUAUGGAAGUACUCAUGCAAAUCUUCCCAGUACAAGAAUUAGUUGAAUUUCUAGAAGCCAGUGAAGUAGCUAGACCAAUUACUAUAAGGACAAACAGUCUUAAGACUAGAAGAAGAGACCUCGCUCAAGCUCUCAUUAACAGAGGUGUUAAUUUGGAUCCAGUUGGCAAGUGGAGUAAAGUUGGAUUAGUUGUGUACAGUUCUACUGUACCUAUUGGUGCUACACCGGAAUAUCUAGCUGGACACUAUAUUUUGCAAGGUGCAUCAAGUUUCCUACCAGUUAUGGCUUUAGCGCCUCAAGAAAAUGAGCGAAUUCUCGACAUGUGUGCUGCACCUGGUGGAAAAGCAUCCCAUAUUGCUGCUAUAAUGAAAAAUACUGGAUCACUCUUUGCCAACGACGCAAAUAAAGAAAGAACGAAAGCUGUAGUCGGCAAUUUUCACAGGCUGGGCGUUGUCAACGCAAUCAUUUGUAAUUACGACGGAAGACAGUUUCCCGAAGUUAUUAAAGGAUUUGACAGGGUGUUAUUAGACGCUCCAUGUACUGGUACUGGGGUUAUUGCUAAGGAUCCAAGUGUUAAAACUACGAAAGACCAACAAGAUAUUCAGAGAUGUUUCAAUUUACAAAGGCAGUUAUUGCUGGCGGCAAUAGAUUGUUGUAACGCUAAAUCGAGUACAGGGGGUUAUGUUGUAUAUUCCACUUGUUCUAUACUGCCUGAAGAAAAUGAAUGGGUUGUUAAUUAUGCUCUAAAGAGAAGGAAUGUAAAGUUAGUACCAACUGGCUUAGAUUUUGGUACUGAAGGCUUUGUGAAGUACAGGCAUCACAGGUUCCAUCCAUCCUUGAAACUAACUAGAAGGUUCUAUCCCCACACGCACAAUAUGGAUGGAUUCUUUGUAGCUAAAUUUAAAAAAUUCUCAAAUGUUAUUCCACAGCCAGUGAAAGAAGAUGAUGAAGAAGAACCUAAAGAAGAGAAUGGAACCGAGGAAGGCCAAACAAAUGGUGAUGUAUCAACAGAAGAAACAGAGACACUAACGGCUGGUGUUAAAAGAGCGGCAGAUUCAGACAGCACACCCACACAGAAUAAGAAAGCGAAGCCUGCUGAUAAAAGUGCUCAGCCAAUUGUUAAAAACCCAUCAGCAACAACAGAAAAUCAAUCGAAAAAGAAAAAGAAACAAAAGAACAAAAAGAAAAAAGGAAAACAGAACGAAGCUAUCCAGAAUCCACAACAAAAAAAAGAAAAUUCAAAAGGCCCCACAGAAGCAACAGAAAGUAAAACCAAUAAAGCACCAGUAGAACAAAAGAAAAACGUGAAAGCCCCAGUUGAACAAAAUAAAAACCUCAAAGCCCCAGUUGAACAAAAAAGUCAACCUGAAGGAGACAAAAGCAAAGUAAAUGAAAAUAAACAAGCCAAUGUGCCAAAUGCAAAUUCACCCAAUAAAAAGAAGAAAAACAAAAAUAAGAAUAAAAACAUAACAACACCAACAAACGAAGUCACAUUACCGAAAAGUGAAGCUAAAAUUACUGAAAAAGUAGAAUUAGCUGCUGCCAUGAAGUUAAAAAACAAAAAUAAAAAGAAUAAGAAGCAGAUUGGAAAAUUGAAUAGUAAUAAAGAAGGAAAACAAGAAGGGAAGCCAUCUCUUAAGAAAAAUUUCAAAGCUAAGGCUAAGAAAUAGUUGUAAUUAUGAUUUUAAAUUACAUGUUCAAUAAAAUUAUUUUUAUUGUA